GUAUCAUCCAGUGGAUGCACCAGUUCCAGAGGCGUGGAUUCCCAGCAGCAGCAGCUGCAGCAGGAGCAGCAGCAGCAGCAGCCCUGUUGUUGUCUUCCUCCUCCUCCUCUUCUUCCUCCUCCUCCUCCUCCUCCUCCUCCUCCUCUUCUUCUUCCUCCUCCUCGGGAUAAACAGGCUCUUUGCCUUUAAGUCUCGUGAAGCCCACUGUGCAGAGAAAUGCAGCACCAGCCUUCACACAAAGAUCCAGUGGUUUCUAAUUAUAGCCAAUCGUAUUUUUACCACACCUUAUUGCAUUAUGGAUGCCGCGGGAACGGUGUCCCUUCAAGAUAGCGUGGGAAUGUGUGAGUAGAGGCUGUGGCCGUGCGUCCUCCUCCUCCUCCUCCUCUUCCUCCUCCUCCUUCACCAUCAUCCAUCCAUCCAUCCAUCCAUCCGUCCAUCACAGGCUGCAACUGCAAAGAGCGUCUGAUCCACCGGAGGCUGCGGCGGCUGGGUGUCAUGUCUGGAGUCUGAAGACCCGGCUCCUCUGCGGGGAUCAUGCGUGGCGCGUAGCCGCAGCUGAGGACGUGUGUUUGCCGCCUGCCACGGGAGCGCGAUGCGGGAGUACAAGGUGGUGGUGCUGGGCAGCGGCGGGGUGGGCAAGUCCGCCCUCACCGUGCAGUUCGUCACCGGCACGUUCAUAGAGAAGUACGACCCGACCAUUGAGGACUUCUACAGGAAGGAGAUCGAGGUGGACUCGUCCCCGUCGGUGCUGGAGAUCCUGGACACCGCCGGCACCGAGCAGUUCGCCUCAAUGAGGGACCUCUACAUCAGGAACGGCCAAGGCUUCAUCCUGGUCUACAGUCUCGUCAACCAGCAAAGUUUUCAGGACAUCAAGCCCAUGAGAGACCAGAUUAUCAGGGUCAAAAGGUACCAGCAGGUGCCGGUGGUGCUGGUGGGCAACAAAGUGGACCUGGAGGAGGAGCGGGAGGUGUCACCCAGCGAGGGCCAGGCUCUGGCCGAGGACUGGGGCUGCCCGUUCAUGGAGACGUCGGCCAAGAGCAAGACCAUGGUGGACGAGCUGUUUGCCGAGAUCGUCAGGCAGAUGGACUUCUGCCCUCUGCCGGACCGGAGAGAGGCGUGCUGCCCUGCCUGCAGCGUACAGUAGCGGCGCGUCAGUGUGCUGGAGGGGUGAUGGAUGGGUGGAGAGGAGGAACUAAUGCUGAUUCAUUCAUGUAAGAUCAAUGCAAGAUGGAAACGGAGGGGCUUUUAAAUGACACAGAAAAAACACGAUUUCAGCCGGUCAACAAAAGACUCGCCUCAUAAAAUCAACACCUGCUUAAGUCUAUGAUAUCUAAAGGAUAAGUUUGUUGCUUCAUCUCACUGUUUGACACACUUUUCUGACUGGAAACUGAAGUUUGUGUCACUUUGUAAACUAUUUACGAUCCUGCACCAAACUCCAUAAAGAAAAUCACUGAUUUUACAUCACAGCACACAGGAGUUGUUGAGCCACUGCUGCCUCCGUCCGUAUGUUCAACUGUGUUAUUUUGUGACUUCUGUGUUUGAAAUCCUUUGUUUGGAUUCACCUCAGUGACACAGAGUGACCACACGAGGCAGCAGUAGAGCAGCAGCUCCUGAGUCGGAGCUAAAAUCACUGAUUUUCUCUAUGGACUUUGGUGAGAGGUUGGCUUCAACUUCAGUCUGUCUCACGCUCAGUUAAUAACAUCUACACUUGCUCGUGUCUAAAAUAUCUUAAGAAUAUUUUGUCUUUCUGCCUUUUCUGACUGGAAACUCAAGUUUGUAAAGUAGAAGUUCUCCCACACCAAACUCCAUAGAGAAAAUCAGCAAUUUAAGCUCUUGAGUUCACAGGAGCUGCAGGUCUAACUGCUGCCUCGUGUGGUCACUUUGUGUCACUGAGAUAAACACAAAUGAAGCAUUUUAAAUGCCAAAGUCACACAACAACAUAUUUGAACUUACUGAUGGAAGCAGCAGUGGAUCAGAAACUCCUGUGUGCUGUGAUGUAAAAAUCAGUGAUUUUCUCUAUGGGGUUUGGUGCAGGAGAGUAAACGGUUUAGAAAGUGACGCAAAGUUCUGUUUCCUGUCAAAAAAAGGUUGUUUAACAGUGAGAUAAAGAUAUCUGGUGUAGACUCUAUCAGGCGGGCCUUUUGUUAAGUGGCUUAAAUGAAGCGUUUGUGGGAUGCAUAGACGUAUCAUGUAGCAGAAGUAGAACAUAGAGGUGAAGGGGAAAGUCAUGUGUGAACAUUCGUGAGUCCUCAGACAGCAGGUCGCUGGAUUCUCCCGUGAAACACAGAACAGCACUGGAGCUCCCGCAUCCAUCACCAUCUCUGCUGGUUAACGAAGAAUUAAUUUUUUCAGGGUUUCCCAAAGGCGACACGGUGCCAAAACCAUCUUAAAAGCCAUUGAUAAAGCAGAUCAUGUAGUGCUUAAUGCUUUUGGGAAACCAGCCAUAGUUUCUGAGCAGGGACGCAGCACUUCUCUGCUCGUGUCCCGCCUCCCCCCUCCCGCCCCGCCCCCUUCUUCUUUGUCUUCUUUUUUUUUGCACUUUUGGGGAACUCUUUUGCAAACAGUGCAAGAACAAUCAGCAGCAAGUCAACGUGAAGGGAUGUCACCACUGUGAAGGAGUCAAGAACUGGACGCUCGUCACACGCCCGCCUAACUAUGAAUGAAUGAACACGUGAACGAAUGUCUUAAAUAAAGGAGAUGGCACCUUUGUGGCGGGGUUGGGGGGGGGGGGUUCACCCAGAAGAUCCCAAAUGUUGAUUUUACUGUGGAUGAUGAUGUGUGCAUGAAGUCGUACUGUCAUUGAAUUUACAAUCAGUCACACCCAAAGAGACGGCAUCGAUCAAUCAACCUGAUCAGUCAAUCACACGUUCAACACGUUACAGAUGAUACAAAAUGCCUUGUUACAUGACUGCGGUGUACGUGUGUAGCUCAUUGAUCUUAAAUCACGUGGGGAAAUGUUAGCAGGAAACACGUAUUUUCAACAAAAAUAAAGAAAAAAAGUUUAUGCACAACUUUGUCA